GGGGAACAACUCUACUGAAAUUAACUACAUUGAUUUCUUAGACUGUGUAUAAAGUUCGCGCUCUGUCAUCACUGAAAUCUAUUCUGUUCCUGAGACUUGAUUAUCAGCAAUAGGACCAUGAAUUUAUCCAAUUUGUCCGAUAUUAAGGAGUUUGGCGAAGAUCUAUUGACACUUUUACUCAAGAAAUACACCUCCAGUAAACUUAAUGAAACCAAGGCACCUUGCUCUUUAGUGAAUGUUUCGUAUAACAACUGCAGGCCCGUUGUGGAACAAACUCACUCCCCGACAGUUGGCGAGGAAAUAUUUACAUACAUGACGCCAUUCAUAUUUGUCAUCGGGAUCUUCGGAAACCUCCUAUCCCUCAGAGUCUUCAUGACAAAAAAUAUGCGGAAACUCUCGGCAAGUUUAUACCUUGCUGCUCUAUCUACUGCAGAUCUAAUGUCGCUUAUAUUUUACGUCUUAAUUGAGUGGGUGAAGCGAGCCAUUUCCUACACCCCUGGAGCUCCCACCGCGCCAUUCCUUGAACAGAACGGCAUAUGUCAAAUUUUGAUUUACCUCCAAUAUAUAUCCCGAUUUCUGUCGUCCUGGAUCAUCGUAUGUUUUACGUUUGAACGGUACAUCGGAGUAUGUCAUACUCUGAAAAGGAAAACAUUUUGUGACAUGCACUCAACAAGAAAAAUCGUAUCGUCUGUCAUCACCCUCGCUUUGGUGCUCUGUCUCUACAAACCAUGCCUUACCGCCUCCAUUGAGGUGGGCCCUAACAAGGUCAAAGUCUGCACGGCCGAGCCAACUUACAAAGACAUUAGUUUUAUUCUAGAUUGCAUCUUUGUAAUGAGCAUUAUAUUUCUUCCUUUCGUAAUUAUAACGGUCUUGAAUACCAUGAUAAUUCGUACACUAUAUAUUCGGAAUAAACAUCACAGAGAGUUCAAGGUAAUCACUGAGGAGAGCAUCAUACGACUAGAGUUCACCAUCAUCCUGAUAGCAAUUUCUAUCUGUUUCAUUGCUUUUAAUACCCCGUACACCGCCAUCUGGAGUAAACAACACUUGCUGACCAAACUUCUUAAGACUACAAACACGGACGACUUACUUAGAUAUAAUCACGAUGGAUCAGAUCUGACCUGGAACAUUAAUGUCAUGUUCAUUACCAGGACAAUUUUCUACAUGAACUACUGUGUAAACUUUUUUCUUUAUUGUCUCACAGGAGCUUACUUCAGAAAAGAGCUGAGGAUGUUGUUCAUGUACAAAAGCAAGAGCUACCAGAAUCAAUAUCACCGAUGUUCCGUACAAAACACGUCUUCUAGUCCUACCCCUCAGACAUGUCUCUGAAGGAAAAGAGAAAGGUAUUCCAAAUCUACACAGAGAGAGAAAGCCAUCCCCACCAACCCACUUUAAGAGCAAGUCCGUAUCCCUCAUUCACACUGGAGCAAAAAGUCUUCAUCUCAAACAUUGAAAGAGAUUGUACUCAUGCACCAUCAAAGACGAAAGAUCGGAAGAUAAGAAUACCGAUAUUUCUAAAAUUAAAAUGAUGCAUAAUGUCCACAACGAUGAUCAAGAAGAUACCGAACCCCCACAACACUGAAACAUAUGGUUAAAAAAAAACUAGGAAUUCUAAUGUAAAAAGUGAGAAAACCACAUUUACUACUGAUAUAGGGGUCAAUAUGCUCUACAUACACAGAUACAAAGGGAAAAAUCCUUCCACCUACACUAUUGCGGAGUAUCAAAUACCCUCAUCAACACUGAUACAAAGAGUAAACACUGACACAGAACACUAAUAAAGAGAUCGACUCAUUUCCUACACUGGGAUAAAUUUUCAUAUCCGUAAACUCCAACACAAAAGGUCGAUAUGCGCCACCAUCACAGAGAGGGAGGAUCAUGCGGUGGAAAAAACAUCUCUCUUGUUUUAAAGCUACCAGUAUUGUAUUCCAAACUUUCUUUAGCUAUGCUUUGUAUCAACUCCUGUCCCUGCCUUGAUGGGAUCAUUAGGACGUCAUCUUUCACACGUUAUUGCAUCACGAGGAUACACAAUUCAUACUACAUACUCCCUGCAAUCGAAAUUGGAUCUCAAAUAAAUUAUAUUUUGUAGUCUUGAAAAGGUGUAUGGAAAAGAUCAUGGAAAUAUAAUUAUCUUAAAUAUAUGUAAAAAGGGUGUAUGAAAAACAAACGAAUAACUAUUUACCUAAUCGUUGCUGUUUAUGUCGUUACCCGAAAUCUUCACAUUUUAUUUUCUGAAUGGUACAAAUUGUUGUUUUUAAUAUUGCUUUAAUUGAAAUAUAUUGCAUUUUGAGCGGUCUGUAAAUGUUUGUU